AUGCCCUUGGCCAAGAGUCUCACGGAGCCCGCCCGGGGGCUCAGACUCGCCCCGACGCCCCCCGGGGCCAGGGGCGCUUUCCGUCGGUUCCGCGACCCAGGACGCCCUGGGCCCAGGGCUCGGCGCUGGGCUUCGCGCCCGUCCCCACGUCUUCCCUACGGCCCCACCGCCAGGGCGCGCAAGGACGCCCACUGGACCCCACGCGCGGCGGGACACGCGCGGCCGGACACGCGCGGCCUCCCGGGCGGCGCCGCCCCUCCCCCACCGCCCCGGAGGCGGGGGCCGCGCGCCCACCGGAAGAGGCGGGGCUCGGGGGCCGCAGCCGUCUGCGCCACAGUCUCCGCCGAGAGUCGCCGCGGUUUCCUGCUUCAACAGUGCUUGGACGGAACCCGGCGCUCGUCCCCCACCCGGGCCGGCCGUUCAGAGCCAGCCCUCCGCCAUCUCUUCGUCGCGCCCUCGGACCGCUCCCAGGCCCCCGCCGCCGCUCGCCGCCGCCUUUUCUCAGCCGCCGCCAUGACGACCGCGUCCCCCUCGCAGGUGCGCCAGAACUACCACCAGGACUCUGAGGCCGCCAUCAACCGCCAGAUCAACCUGGAGCUCUACGCCUCCUACGUCUACCUGUCCAUGUCUUACUACUUUGACCGCGAUGAUGUGGCUUUGAAGAACUUUGCCAAAUAUUUUCUUCACCAAUCUCAUGAGGAGAGGGAACAUGCUGAGAAACUGAUGAAGCUGCAGAACCAACGAGGUGGCCGAAUCUUCCUUCAGGAUAUCAAGAAACCAGACCGUGAUGAUUGGGAGAACGGGCUGAAUGCAAUGGAGUGUGCAUUACAUUUGGAAAAGAGCGUGAAUCAGUCACUACUGGAACUGCACAAACUGGCCACUGAUAAAAGUGACCCCCAUUUGUGUGACUUCAUUGAGACUCAUUAUCUGAAUGAGCAGGUGAAAUCCAUCAAAGAAUUGGGUGACCACGUAACCAACCUGCGCAAGAUGGGGGCUCCCGAAUCUGGCAUGGCAGAGUAUCUCUUUGACAAGCACACCUUGGGAAACAGUGAUAGUGAAAGCUAAGCCUUAGGCUGUCUUCCCAUAGCCACAAGGGUGACUUCCCUGGUCACCGAGGCAGUGCAUGCAUGUUGGGGUUACCUUUACCUUUUCUAUAAGUUGUACCAAAACAUCUACUUAACUUCUUUCAUUUGUACCAUUCUUCAAAUAAAGUAAUUUGGUACCCA